CACGCCGGCAGUCUCCGCGUUGCGGCGCUGCAGCCUGCACGCGCGCAGUGCGCCACGGCACGGCACCGGCUUGCUGCGGCAGCUGCGGCUCGGAUGCCGGUGCCGUGCCGCCGGGCCGCGCACGGCGCGCACCACGAGGCGCCUCGCCAUCUGCACAUGCUCGCUCCUCUUCCGCCUCCGCACGCUGCUGCGCUGCCGCUGCGGCACGAACCUUCGCCGAACGCUGGCCUCAUGCACCUUUGUUCUCUUCGCGCUGAUGCUGCCGCCGCUGCACAGCCACGCGCUCCGCUGCUGGCGCUGCCGCGGCACCGCACUCCACUCGCUCCCGCAGCGCGCAGCCACACAGCCCCUGAGCAUGAAGACACACCUCCUCACGCGCGGCGUGCGGGCUGAGAUGGCGGCGGCGGCACGCAUCGGGCGCCGCCGCCUUCAGCAAACGCCCGAGCACGGACGCAUCCCGCCCUCGCGCCAGGGGUCAGUGCGCGCAGCAGAAAUUAUGCGCUUUCUCUGGGCCACGCUCCUGAGGAGGCUCGAAGCGGCUCGCAUCCUCGGCUCAGGGCAGAGAGGAGAGGGGUGUAAAACGCCGUGUCGCUCAGAAUCGAGGGGGACGGUCCGAGGAUGGGCGACGUCUGCGCUGCGAUGCUCCGCCUUCUUCUGGCGCGCAGCGGCGUGCAGCAGCAGCAGCGGAGGGACCCAGAGCGUGCAAGGCAGCUGCUCCGCACAGCCGCAGGCAGGGUGAGCGAGGAGGGUGCCUGCUUCUCCGCAGCCGCAGAGUUGCGGCGUGCAGCGGCACCACCUGCAGACCUGCUGUCUCCACAGAGCUGGCAGAUGCUGGAGCGACGUGUCUGGCAAGACGGCUGCCCGAGGGCGCAA